CAAAAAUGAUUAACAUUCAAUGCAGGUGUACCACUCUGAAAUGACCUAAGGAUGUUGUCAGCACGAAAAAGAAGACCUUUACCACAAUUUCGGUGCAAAUCAACCGACCAGUCUAUCUUUAAAAUCCUUCUCGUUAGAAAGGAACGUGAAAGAAAAACGUUCGGUAAGCAACAGUCUUGGAGAUCACCGAGGGAAAAAGAAGCGCCUCUUUCACCUGAAACGUAGAGCCCAGAGCUCUGCUGUAAAUGUUUUGUGAUUCCUACCUUGGACGCUGCGCAAAUGCCAUGCUCACACUGUGUCAUAUAACAGCUUGUCCUCUGCACGAAAGUCAUUGGUGUCAAUUGCGAUGCAACCUUUAUAGAAUCGUGGCCCACUCGAUAUGGAUGUUUGAUGUUUGUCUUGCAAUGCCUUUCCAAAAAUGCGAUCGGCCUGCCUUCCCAAAUAUAAUUGCCAUCCCGGGACCUCCAUCCAAAUUCCCUCCUUUCCUUCCAUUCGAUGGACCUUGUCACCGCUUUCAUUGUGCUCCUCGUGAUCUUGCUCCCGAUUCUUCGAGGCCUCUUUCAGCGGUCGCGGUUACCACCAUCACCAUCUUUCGGACUACCACUAAUCGGCCACCUCCAUCUCCUGGGAAGAAUGCCUCACCAAUCCCUCCAAGCGCUGGCCAAGAAGCACGGCUCCAUUCUCUUCCUGCGACUUGGGAUUAUCCCUGCUGUGGUGGUUUCUAGCGUUGAUCUGGCAAAAGAAGUACUCAAGAAUCAGGAUUUGACAUUUGCUUCCAGGCCUUACUUUCUUGUCGGAGAGGAUGUUGGCUACCACUUCAUGGGGAUGUCCCUCGCAGGUUACGGUGAUCACUGGAAGAAGUUGCGGAGACUCUACACUUUGGAGCUCUUCACCGCUAAAAGGAUUGAUUCUUUCCUCUCGCUGCGCUUGGAGGAGCUCUCUCACAUGCUGUCAGCUGUGUUAUAUGCACACGAGAAGAAUCAGGCCGUAAACAUGAGGAACCUCUUGACAUGUUUUACCUUCAACACCAUCACCCGGAUCUUGAUGAACAAGAGGUACUUCCAGCACCAAGGAGAGGAGUUGCAAGGCAUUGAUUCCAGCGAAGCUAGUGUUUUCAAGGCCGUCUUGAGCGAGAUCACAGAGAUCUCCCUGCAGUUUCACAUCAGCGAGUUUGUUCCAGCCUAUCUCAGGUGGAUGGACUUGAGCGUUUAUCACAUGAGGAGGCUGCAUGCUGACCAGGACAAGUUUCUGCAAAAGAUUGUCGAUGAACAUAAGUACGAGAAAAACAAAUCCUCAAAGGACUUCAUGGACCUCAUGCUAGAGCUUUUCGAUGGGGAUCCCAAAGGAGACAACAUGAUAAAAGCUGCAAUGACAUACUUGCAGGAGCUUGUGUCAGCCGGAACAGAAACAUCAGCAACUACUGUCGAGUGGACCUUCGGAGAGAUCCUCCACCGUGCUCCACACGUCUUGACCAAAGCUCAUGAGGAGCUCGACUCCGUUGUUGGACGCUCCCGGCUGGUGGACGAGGCCGAUCUUCCACGCUUGCCUUAUCUCCAAGCCAUUAUCAAGGAAGCAUUUCGACUCCAUGUCCCUGUUCCACUGCUUGUGCCUCACAUGUCGAUGCACGAGGCCAGUCUAGAUGGCUAUCACGUUCCAAAAGGAGCCACUACCAUCGUCAACGCUUAUGCCAUCGGACGAGAUCCAGCUCUGUGGGACAAUCCCCUCGAGUUUCGUCCGGAGAGAUUCCUUGGCAGUUCCAUGGACGUCAAAGGUCAGGAUUUUGAGCUGCUUCCGUUCGGCUCCGGACGAAGAGCUUGUCCGGGAAUGGGCCUCGGGCUUAAAACUGUUCAGCUGGCUCUGGCAAACUUGAUCCACGGCUUCGACUGGAAAGCUAGCGGGCAGAAUGCGCUCGAGGAAGCUGCUGGUGCCGUCAUCUGGUUGAAGACGCCGCUUGAAGCAGUGGGUUCUCCUAGACUUCAAGUUGAGGUGCUCACCUCCUGUCAUAUUUGAUUUGAUAAAUUCAGAUAUCAACUACAAUCAAAAUGCUACCUGUUUACUUCGUCGUC